GCGUCCGACUUUCGAUCCACCAUGUUGCGUUUAAGCUUGCUGCUGAUUAUUGCCUUUGUCGGUUCUUUGGCAUCCGUUUCCGCGGAAAUAGUGAACUUCCAAAUGUGCGACGACAGCGUGGACACCUGCACAAUCCACCAGGUGGAAGUGUCGCCCUGUCCGGAGGCGAGGUUAAAUGCCGCAUGCCAAAUCCGCCGGAGACGCAGAUUCACGAUGAGCUUCAACUUUACGACUCACUUCGAUGCCGAGCGGUUGGAGGCUAGCUUGGGAUGGGCCAAAUCGGAGACGGUGGAGCUCCCUCUGCUGUCGAUGGAUCGGGAGGCCUGCAAAUACACCGCCUGCCCCGUGAGAUCCGGAGUUAUGCAGACCUACACCACCAACAUGCCCGCCGAUGCCAAAUUCCCGCUGAGUUCUUACACCAUCCGAUGGGCCCUCAAGGAUCCCCUCAGCGGAAAGCGAUGCUGCUUCACCCAUGACAUUAAGGUGGUGCGCUAAAAGGUCGCACAGAAAUUCAGACUCUGAUCAAUAUAUAGUGUACAACCAAUAUAUAGUGUAAAACAGUGAAAUAAAAACAAAUUACAAUAA